GGACUCACUCCACUAAAACAUUUUAUGCAAAUGAUUGAGACAUUGAGAAUUGGUCAGGCUUUCAUUCGACAUAUUGGAAAGCUUUCAACGAGAUUUCUGGAAAAAGUUAUAGAAGGUUGAAUUUCGUGUUUUAACAUGGGAAGAGAUGGCAAAUGAAUUAGUGGAAGAGUGAGUCCUUGAACAAGUGAACCAUUAUAGAUAACUCUCUAUGAAGUGAACUCAUUCACUAGUCCGUUCAUCAACAUUUAGACCUAGUCAUCUUAAAUUGAAUGUGAAAUAUAGAGAAUGAAUUAUGGCUAGUGUUAAGAAAGAAACAGAUAGAUUAAUAGACCAUCUCUCAGUUAUAGAAGAAGCUGCAGAAGAUAUUUUAAGUGAUAAACAACAGAUAAUAGAGUUUGAUUUAAGACGUAAUAAAACAAGAGAAGCUCUGAGGAGUUUACAGAAAUCAAACAAAGAAAAGAAAAGCUGGAUAUGUAUUGGUGGUAUGUUUAUUAAAAUGCCUAAAAAAACUGCAGUUAAAAUGUUAGAAAAAGAUUAUGAUGAAUUAGAAAAAGAAAUAAAUGAAACAAGAACAAAGUUAAAACCAAAAGUGAAUAAGUUACGAGAUCUACAAAAUGAAGAUGAUAUAAAAGGAUUUGGUUUAGAACCAUUGAGUCAAUCUGAAGUUAGGGCUGUAGAAAGAUUAUUAUGAUCUGUGAUGUAAUAAAUGUGUAUAUGGAACCCUUUGACUAUUCUUAUAAUUUGUUAAAUUGAAGUGACUUGAUACAGUUCUGAACAAUAAAAGUAUAAGCCACAAUGGUUUUUUUGAAUUAAUAUAUGCUCACAACCCUUACAAACCUUAUAAAAGGCAAGUAACAGAGCUAUAGGACUGUCAAGAAUGGUUGCAGUUUGUGUGGAUUGAAGAUUUUUAAAAGCAAUGAUAACAAUAGUUGUGUAAAAAUUUUGAGUAGGUCAACUCAAAAGUGACAAUAAAAUAUUAGUGCUUUCAAUGAAAUGGUAGGAACUAACAAAUGAUAUCUCUACUUUAUUUACAAGUUAUUUCUCCACUUUUGAGUCUAGGCAUCUGUGAACAUCUUAUACCUGAACUUUGAUGCAAUUACUAGAACAUUACAAGAGACAAAAUAUUUUUUUAAUGGAUAUUUUAUCAGGUACACAAAAAUAUUUUAUUUUGCAGUUUAUUAACAGUCUUAAUUGAUAACCAUGAUCACAUUGGCAUAAACCAUGUGUCAGCUUUCUUUAAAUAAAAUCCUGUAGUGUC